AUGUCCAACACCCCGCAACCGAUAUCCAUUACAUUCGCUGUCGGCGCUCUCUCCAGACUAAAGAAACUCACGCGCCACCACAUCUUAAUGCAGUCCAUGAUCACAGACUUCUUAUCGAAGGAAGAAGAACGCAACAUGAUUUCCGAAGCCGCGGUUUCGGACCCCGAGUUUGCUGAGGCCCAUGGGCAGCUUGCGGUCAUGCAUCGACAGUUUGAGGACGCAGGGACAAUGUUGUUAACAAUGAGUUUGGAGAUUGCGAGAAAGAUUGCUGCUGAGGAGAGCACCUUAUCUGGGUUUCUGUGUUUUGCAGGUACGGUAAGGAGGUUGAAAAGGGCCAGGAUGAAUCAGUCUAUCAACUAG